AUGGAUACAAAUACAACCGUAGUUUACUCGGUCACCGUAAGGUGUACCACGAGAGCCAAUAGCAGUUCUAUUGAUAAUUCAACUGAAAAAAAAAGGCAACGGUCGCCGUCGCCGACGGAUAACGUGCCUUCAAAGCAAUCCAAAAAAAGUCCGAAGCGUGACGGAGAACUGCAACCACGUAAGUUUCUGUACUUCUUUAUUAUGAUAUUUUUUUUGUUCGCUGUUGUACACGACGGACGCAGUGUUACUAAAUACUGUUUUCACAAGUGUAUACAUUUGAAAUAUUGCAUAAUUGUAGUUUUUGAAUUAAUAAUACUUAAAAACACGUUUUGUAACUGUGUAAUGAAAUGUGCAGAAUUAGCGGUAUCUCCAUCGCGAAGUCCAACUUCUGCGACCUACAGAUCGGCGUCACCGUCGUAAGUACCUUUGAUAGUAUUAUAACUUGUAAGUAUCGGUGUAAAUAAUAUGAUUAUUCACAUAGGUACAGCCAAAACGCGUCACAUUCGUACAAUGAUACGGACGCGAGUUCAAUACAUAGUUCGUACAACGAACAGAUAUUGAUUAACUGUGAUCCGGCAAAUGAUGUCGGUUAUGAAGCCGAUGAUGAAACCGACGACGAAACAGUUAGUCUGAUGUCACCGUCGUAAGUAUCUUUGACCGAAUCGUAACUAAUAUUGUUUUAUAUUAAAAAAACAAAAAUUAAUAUUAUUCGCACAGCCUUCGUUAUGCGUCACCGCCACCGGAUCUGAGUACUGGACGUUCGUUAUACGAACUACUCAUGUCAGCUAGCGAUCUGACAGACGGCGAUUUCGACGACGACAGUGCUUACAGUAGUUCGUCAUCACCGCUGUAAGUACGAGUAUCUUUGACCAUAUCGUAACUAAUAUUGUUUGACAUUUUUAAAGAAAAAAAAAAUCGGUGUAGACUGUGUAAAUUUUGUGAUCUUUCUGAUUUGGUCUUAACCAGUUUUGCAUUAACAUAAUUGAAAACUAAUAUGUAAAUAUUAUUAAAUAUUAUUUAGCUUGUACCCGACAAGCGAAAGACAUCUGGAGAAUCCUAUAAAUGUUCCGGGCCCCCAAAGUACAGGCUUUAAUGCGCCAUCUUUGUAUAAUAGUAUGUUGCCAAGUUCGUACAGUAUGGCAUAUUGGCCGUACGACUUAGCAUCUUCAUCAUACACCCCAAUGUCACCAACGUGAGUACUGAAUAUCUUUGAUAGUAUCAAAACUAAUAAUGAUGUUUGAUUUUUAAAAAACUGUUAAAAAAAAAAAAAAAAACAGUCAAAAACUUUACCAAAUGUAUAAUUACCUAUAUUUUUGAAAAGUUAGUUAAAUAUUUUGUACCGUAGGUAAGUAUGAAAUUAAACAAUUAAACGUUUGNUGAUUUCCAGUGACGACGACCACAUAUUGAUUUCCAGUGACGACGACCACAUAUUGAUUUCCAGUGACGACGACCACAUAUUGAUUUCCAGUGGCGACGAAGGCGAUGUAUACCCUUAUGAUGUUUGA